GAUAAACUGGUACAAAACGCUAUGCUUAAAUGCGCCGCAUUGUGGGUAACAAAUCAAACUAACAGUUUUGUUCAAAAUUUCAAACAUACCAAUUGUGGAUAGAGUAAUUAAAUUUUUAAUGGAUUAAGCGGUGAACAUACAUCAUUGUAUCUAAACAGCAAUGGAAGUAACAAGAUACAAGACUGACGCGAAGUGUUAUCCUCGUUACAAAUCUGCAACUGGGCGAUUAUCUGACAUUUCAAGACGAGCGCAUUCCCUUUGGAACUCUACUUUCGGAGUAUCGUUUCCAACACAGGCACUUGAUGAGGAGAUUGAAAACGACACACAAAGUUAUCAUGUAGAUUUAUUUCUAUUUGAUAGAAACGGAGAAAGGAAAAUAUCCUAUACUAAUGGCACUAACAUGUUAUUGCAUAAUGAAGGUAUAAGCCUCCAGGAAUCCUACAAAUACGAUAAUGUGGAUACCUUCUUAAAUGAAAAACAACAUUUAUUGAAGUCUACAUCGGUACUUAUCUUUCGAGACCACAGAUGUCUUAGGAAUGAAAUAAAGAAUGUCUCAUCUAAACAAAAUGUUGUCAUUUUAUCGAGCAAACAAAAAUGGCGCACACUUGAGAAAACACAUGCACAACAUCCAAAUCUGAAGGUUUCUACAGACGACAAAAUUGCAGCUGACAUCGGUUUAUUGCUUGAAAUUACAGCAUUUAAACCAUUAAGGCAUACGUUCGAUAUCAUCAAAAGCGUCACAGAUGAAAUACAGGUCUUCGCUCCACCCAAAGAAAAAGCCAAUGGCUCAUUAUCUGAUCCUCAAACAACUGGACAUGCAAGCGGCUUACAAUUUACUCCAACCAGAACGGGAACUAAAAGGAAAUACGGUGACAUUAAAGACAAUUGGACUGGGACAUUACAUGGCGAUAAAAUACAUUCAUUGCGUGAUGUCAGAGGUCGCCCUCUUGAAAACAAUGUCCGUCAGACAAGAAGUAAGGAUAUGCAAAGCAAAGCAGAGACAGGAAUCCUACCAGAUGGAAACUUAGGGUUUGUAUCCAGUAGUAUUAAACACAUCACUGACAACGGGAAAAAUAAGUUUGUAGAAAACAAACCUAAGUUUCAGCGUUUUUUGGGGGAAAUGAUUGGUAUGUAUAAACGAAGUAAGAUACCUGACGAUUUAAAGCCACCUCUUGACGAUAUUCCGAAGGAAACAGUAAGUAGAAAGGUAAUGAACGACUUGUACACCAUAAGUAGUUCGAUACAAGGAUACUCAUACCGAUUCCAUACCAGACUCCAGAUCUUUGUUUCAAAAGACAGCAUUGAUAGAUUGAAACCGGAAAUUGUCCAAACACUUGAAAAGCAUGGUAUAAAACAAGGAGAUUUUGACAUAGUUCCACCAAUUGAUGAUGUGUCUCAUUACAACAAAAUACACUCCGGAGCGAGAGUAGAAAGAGACACACUCUAUGGCAGUCUUGCUGGAUUUGUUUCAAUGCAAAGAGAGCAGAGCGAGGAUUUGUGCGCAAUUGCAUCAAAACAUAUCCUUGACGGACAAAGAUCUGUAGAACUUACUAAUGACGAAAUAAGAAUCACGGCAGAUGUCAUUCCAGAAACAGCCCCAGGCGAUCAGCAAAUGGUUUAUGACAUUUCUGUAGCACAAAUCAGGACAGAGGACAAAAUUUACUGUGAAGGAAGAUUCAGAAACGAAAGUGGAACAUUUAUGAAAGGAAAGAUGUGCAGCUAUGAUGAUGAUCAGCUCAAUUGCCAAAACGUGCAUAUUUAUGGCGCAUCAACACCAAGAGGUCAAGGCAUAAUAUCGAUGACACAAUAUAAUCAACGCACAGAAAACGAAGAAACAAAUCCAAAUAGGGAACACGAAGUUAAAGAGCAAAUGAAUUUAAACACAGAAAGUGAAGAUAGAGAGGAAUCAAAUAUAAAUAAUGGACACGAAGAUCAAAAAAAAACAUACAUCGUUGUUGAAGACAGAGAGGGUGGUAAGCCAUUCUGUGCCGAAGGUGACAGCGGAGCAAUGGUGUGCGCGGACGACGAAGAUGGAAAUCAUGUACAAUUAAUUUCAACCGUAAUGGGAGAAAGCGGAAAACGGUAUACAACACUUCGCUUAACAAAAGCAAUUGCCAAAUUAGAAGAGCAGACAGAGAGUCAAAUAUAUUUUCUAGACUGAGAAGUUAACGUUGCCCCCAAAUAUGAAUAAGCUGUCUGGUUUAUGUAGGGGUAUUCUAUCUUUGAAUUGAAUAUGAGGAUGAAAAGACGGUUUUGGCUUAGUGUUACCUAAUUCAUAUUUCAUUCAAUAUUUGUGAUGGCUUUUUGUGAGUGCAGUGUAUGUCGUACAUAACGAUUUUUCCUUUCAAUUUGUAUUAUUUCAAAUUUCUGUUUUUAAUGUUAGAUCUUACCAAUAAGGAUGACAUCAGGUUUAACAACUCAAACGAAAGAAAUAAGUUUUACUAAAAAAAAAAAGAAGCAGGAAAGAAAUCAAAGAGCAGAAAAGAAAGCAAUAUGUGUCGGGCAUCACAUGAAAAAUUCCCUUCGUUUUUUAUCAGUUUGAAAAAAGCGCCAGAAAGAGUGCUACCUUUUUUGCGUGUAAUAGCUUUAUUUUUCAAUUAAUUUUAAAUAUUUUAUAUAUAUAUAUAUAGUAGGCAUCCGCGUUUGCCACAUUUUUUAUGUGAGAGGUGAAAUAAGUCUUUCAUUCCAACCGCAAUUCCGGAUACUGCUUUGUACAUGAAUGUAAAGUAAAUUUAUGCUUAUUUUUAAACCCACUGUUUUGUGUGUAACUUUUAUUAAUAUGUAUAUAAGUAAAUUUCAUACUACUUCUGUAUUAGCAUUUGUUAAUGUUUGUUAGUGUCUAUAUUUCACAGCUUAUUCGUUUUGCAAGAGCUUGCUCAAAGAUAAAUGAUUUUAAGUGGUGUAUUACUCAUUCCUAUAAGUGAUCAUAGUUUGAUUUUCUGUACAAGGAAAAACCUAGAUUUACAAUUCUAAACACAAUACUGUAAAAUAAGAUCUAUAAAAAACUACAAAAGUGAAGAGUUUCAACAGUCACUUUUGUCUGUAGACUGGUCUUUUGUGAUACUCUCUGACAAUGUCAAUGGAGCAUGGUGCAAUUUUAAAAUAUUUUUGUAUUUGUUCUUAAUAAUGUAGCACCUGUAAAGGAAAUUAGAAUCAAACAGAGAACUGAACCUUCGAUAAACUCAGGUAUUCUACAAUGUUUAAAUGAUAGGGAUAAAGCUUUUAAUUUGUAUAGUGCUAGUAAAUCUGAGAAUUACUUUACUCUUUUAAAUCAUUGAGAAACAAAGCUCAGCACAUAAUUUCCAGAGCUGAUAGGGAGUAUUAUACUGCCUUUAGAAAACAACAAAUUUGAUUGUAAAACUUUGUGGAAAAUCCUGCAACGGUUGGGCUUACCAUCUGAGAAAAAUGUUUCAUCUAGUAGUAAUAUUUGUUUGAAAAUUGUUGAUGAAAUUUGUUUUGAUGUCUUUAUUGUAGCUUAGAAAUUCAAAAUUUUUAUACAGCUGUGGCAUCCAAGCUUGUUGAAAAACUUCCAAGUUCUACCUUAAAAUUAAAAAUAAAUUGUUGAGUCUUUUUAUAGAGCUAAAGGUAUUUUUUCAAGAUUCUUUUCCAUUCGAUAUUGUUUCAGAAAAUAAUAUUCUCAAAAAUAUCUAUAUCAAUUAAGUGCUUAUAAGGCUACCGGCUUGGAUGGCAUUCCCAGUAGGUUUUUUAAAGGUAGUGCAUGUAUUAUAGCUCGCCCCCUGGCCCUUAUAGUAAAAUUGUCUUUUAUCCAAGGUUUGGUGCCAGAUGAUCUUGAAACUGCAAGAUUCAUUCCUCUCCAGAAGAAAAAUGAUAAAAGAUGGAAAUAUUUAUGCAAUAUUUUGUGUAUCAUCUCAAAAAUAUUUAAGAGUGUCAUUUUGAGCAAUUGGAAAAGUAUUCAAAUGAUAAGAAAUCAUUAUACAGUUUUCAGUCUGGUUUUAGGAGAUGUUUUAGUAAAGAUUCCUGUCUUAUUCAUUUAUCAGAUUUUAUUAGAUUUCUAAUGGACAAAGGAAAUAUGGUAGGGAUGGUUUAUUGGAAUUAAGGAAUCAGUCAUCUCUUAAUAUAAAUUGUAAUGGGACAAGUAUUAAGGCUGCCAGUUCUGUCAAAUAUCUUGGUGCAUUUCUGGAUCAAUUAUUAUCCUGAGGACAUUGCAAGAUCAAUUGUUUCAAAAGCAAAUGCCCGACAAAAGUUUAUCCAUUCCAAAAGUGAUUUUUUUAACAUUGCACACUAGAAAAUUGCUAGUAAUAGCUUUAAUUCAGUGUCAUUUUGAUUAUGUAUGUGCUUUUAUGUAUCCUUGUUUUACCAGAUAUUGGUCAAAAACACUUCAAGCUACCCAAAAUAAGCUCAUUCAUUUUAUUCUGAGUUUGGACAGUAGAUCUCAUAUGGAUUCUGAUUAGUUUAAAACCCUGAAUUGGUUGCAUGUAGAAAAGAGGGUACAUCAGUACACAUUUUGUCAUGUUAAAAAAAUUAAGUUUAGUUUGGCCCUAGCUUAUCUAAAUGAUCAUUUUAUUGCAUUAAAUUCUAUCCAUAACAAGUGCAUCCGGUCAAGAGUAUUUGCAAAUGCCGGUCAGGAUCCAAAUUAUGGCCAAACCUUCAGUGAAACAGAUCGUUUCGUACUGCCCAAGGUUGAAAGUUUUGGGGAAAAGGUAAUUUGCCUUCUCGGGUAUAUCUUUUUUGAAAAAUAUUCCACAAGACCUUAGAGAUAUUACUUCCCUUUCAAAUUUAAAAAGACCGUGAACGCCCAUUUAAUGUUCAGUUAGCUAUGCAGUUUCUAUGUUUUUAUUAGUAUUUCUUGUAAUUCAUUUGAUCUAGUCUUUUAUGCUUCGGUUUUCUAAAUUAAUUUAGUUGUAAAUUGAAUGAGGCUGUGUCAUGCCACCAAUAACAUGGACAACAAUGGAAAUAAGGGAAACUUUGUGUUUAUCUUUUUUUUGUGUUGUCCCUCGUAUUGGUGGGCAUAUCAUGUUAAAAAAUCUCUGUGUUUAACUAUUGUUUUGUUAUGUUUUCAUUUUAUAUUUUAUAUACCAUAUAUUAUGCCAUGAUUAAGAUGUGCACUGUAUGCCAAACAGAACAUACUUACUUA